ACUUCACCCCUUUUUUCCAAUUUCAAACACACACACAUCCAGCCUCCCUAUUUUCUCUGUUUGUCCAUCCAGUUUCAAUGGCACCGAAGAGAAGGAGACAGACGGGUUUAACCCGAAUGGAUGCGGCUCUCGAUCAAGUGAGUUGUUUUGGGUUCUCAAGGCAACUCAUUAGGCGAACUGUUAAAAAUCUUCUCAAGGUGUAUGGUGAUGAUGGGUGGAAAUUAAUUGAAGAAGAUGGCUACAAAGUCGUUAUUGAUUUCAUUCUUGAUGAACAAGAGUCUGAACAAAAACAGAACUUAUUAAAGAAUGAGGCAUCAUCACAAGAAGAGAAACCUGGAACUGAAUUAAUCAUGGCAGAGGUGAAGGAAGAAUCUGCAAAAGAUGAAUCUUUUGAGGGAAAUAACAAUGCAGCGUUGACCAUUCACACAGAGAAUGAUGAGUGCCUUGAGGAUACCUCAAUGGACAUGGACAAAACUGCCCACUCAAGCACACUCCAUGAUGAUCACUCUGCACAUGAAUUUAACAUCCAAUGUUCCGAAAAUGCCCCUCAUUCAGGACCUUCAUCUGAUGCAACUAAUGCCCCUGUAAAUCUCCCUGUUCGUAGGCGUAAGCCCUGUUAUGGAUGGAUCAGUGAUGAUGAUGAUAAUGAGGAAGAAACUUUUUUUAUAGCAUUAACUCCUGCAAGAUAAAGCUAUAUUCCAUAUGCAUAAUAUCCUUUUGAAGAUUUGGGUUUGGCUUGGUGUAAAGAAGGGGUAUAUCGAUUAAUCUAAUUAUCUAUCCUGUUAUUAUGAUGAAAGAAGGCUUAGAUGUUUAAAGAUUGUGACAUUGGUAAAAGUACAAGUUUUUGGGCUUUGUUACCUUCUAAAUGUUUGACUAUUUGUAUAUAUAAUUAUAUAUAAAUAUUAACUACUAUGGGGAUUGUAUGACACAAGAAAG